AGUGGGCAAUUUGCCAUAGUAAAGCUGUGCAGAGAGAAGAAGAGUGGCAUAGAAUACGCUGCAAAAUUCAUCAAGAAGAGACAGAGUCGCGUCAGCCGUAGAGGAGUAACCCGGGAGGAGAUUGAACGGGAAGUGAACAUACUACGUGGUAUCCAGCAUCCUAACAUCAUCACAUUGCAGGAUGUAUAUGAGAACAAGACUGAUGUGGUUCUCAUCCUGGAACUGGUUUCUGGAGGAGAACUAUUUGAUUUCCUGGCACAGAAGGAGUCACUAAGUGAAGAAGAGGCUACCAGAUUUAUCAAACAGAUCCUGGAAGGAGUUAAUUACCUGCACACUCGCAACAUUGCACAUUUUGACUUGAAGCCAGAAAACAUAAUGCUGUUGGAUAAAACAAUUCCUGUACCCCACAUAAAAAUUAUUGACUUUGGUUUGGCACACAAAAUUGAAGAUGGAGUAGAGUUUAAGAAUAUUUUUGGUACUCCGGAAUUUGUAGCUCCUGAAAUAAUCAAUUAUGAGCCACUUGGUCUGGCAGUAGAUAUGUGGAGCAUUGGAGUGAUCACCUAUAUAUUGCUGAGUGGAGCAUCGCCAUUCUUGGGAGAGAAUAAGCAGGAGACUCUCUCUAAUAUUACUGCUGUUAACUAUGAAUUUGAUGAAGAAUUCUUCAGCCACACCAGUGAUCUGGCAAAAGACUUCAUCAGGAAGCUUCUUGUGAAGAAUACAAGGAAGCGUCUCACUAUCCAGGAAGCCCUGUCUCAUCCAUGGAUCACAACCCUCCAGUCCAAAGAGGAGAACAAAAUCCAUGAUACAAAGAGAACGGCCAUGAGAAAACUAAAGGCCAAGAGGCUAAAGGAAUACACUAUGAAGUCUCAUUCCAGCAUGCCACCAAACAACACCUACGUUAAUUUUGAGCGCUUUGCUCAGGUAGUUGAAGAUUUGUCUAAUGCAGAAAGAGAGCUCAGCUCAUUGACAGUGAACUAUGACUCAAUGCAGGAAGAUGUGGAGGCCUUGAUAUCUAUCUACAAUGACAAGGAGACCUGGUACAAAGAGGAAAAUGAGAAUGUCAGACACAAUCUGUCCCAGCUCCGUUAUGAGUGUCGUAAAGUGGAAUCUAUGAAGAGAAACCUUCAUCAUGACAUGCUUUUGGUAGAAUCCAGUGUUGUAAAUCUGUCUGGGCGGUACCACCAACUGGAGGUUCAUUAUGAGGCUUUGAGCAAAGAACUAAAAGAGGACAUUAAGCAGAUCCAGGACUUAGUGGGUGGAUUCCACGAUGGAAGUGCCAAUUAUAACUGUGGAAGUUUUGACUCUGUUUUCAGCAGAGAUUUGAGUGAGUCAUUUAUGAACCUUCUGAAUGGCCCACGCAAUGAAGAUCUUUUGCAGAGACUGAAUUUACGAGUAACAGACCCUCGGUUAUAG